AUGAAACAACUUGAGUCUGUUUUUAUUAAAAAUGUAGUACUUUACCUUCAAACCUCUUCUGAUAUUUGUUCCUUCGUAUUAAUCAACAAAAAGUAUUGUGAGUCAAUCCAGUCAAUGUACUGUGCCUCGUACAAUUUAUGCAGAAACACUCCACUUCCAAAAAUACAGCAAUACUUCCCAAACAUUCAAACGAUAUAUAUAGAAGCCAUUACUUCAGAAAGUGCCAAAAUCGGCCCUAGCUUCAAGCCUUAUAUUGAUUUGAAUAUUUCUAAACGUGUACUAAAAAAUGAUUUCAAUCACAAUUUAGUGAAAAAUUUAGAUAAUAUUUCGGACUAUGCAAAGAAUAUCAGGAAAUUAAAAAUCGAAGGAUACAUGUUAUUUAUAAUAGCAGUAAACAACAAUGAGUUUGUCGAACUAAAAAAUUUAGUUAUACACUCUUUAGAUGAUUGUUCUUUACUCGAAAAAGUUCUGUGUAUCCCAUCAUUGCGUGACGUCACAAUUUAUUUUAGUCAAACUGUUGUGCACAAACUCGCCGAUUUUGACUUCCAAAAGUACAAUAAAAUUUCAUUUACUUUUGUCUUUCAAAAUAAAUCUCAGUUACUAAAGAAAAAACAGAUAGACGGUGCAAAGAGACUUGCCAAAAAGUAUCCUCUUUAUAUGCAAAUGCUUACUAAAGAAACAGUUAACAUGAAAUUCAUCCCAGACAUCCAAAUGGCAUAUCCAUCCUUUGAAAAACGUCUGACUGUGUCCAUUUCAAGUGACAUGUCUGGCAAAGAGAACUUUAUAGAAGAAGUGAUGAAGAAGUGUAUGUGUAGUCGUUUAGACAUUUCUCCACUCAGUAACAGUAAAGAAAUAGACGAUCAACGUUACAGGAAAAUCGCCACAUUUGACUUUUUAAAGAGUGAAAUAAUCAAUGAAGUCGUGUUGAAGCAGAUCAACUGCAAAAGUGUUGUUCUGCCUCAAAAAUGUCGAGCGUUUGAAAUCAUUGAUUGCGAAGGAAAUGUGUGUGCGGAGCAGUGCUACCCCGAGGAAGUGUAUAUUGAUCAAUUUGAGCGUGAAACCAUCACUAUUAAUGAAGACAAGUUAAAAGGUGUGUGCAUCAACGCGUAUAUCAGAAAUUACAAUUUUGUGUGUAAAGGGCAAAAAGGUAUAAUUUUAAUUGAUUUCAAAAAAGUCGACUUCUUCGACAUCCGCAAUGAAAAUAUUAAUAUCGGUUUAAUGUAUGGAGACACUUUAAUUUCUAAAAUCCGUGUUGAUGGAAUUAUAAUUAAUUUAAAAAAAUUGGAGAUUAUCAAUUGUGUGAGUGAUGUUAUGUUGGAGGGAAUCACUUUGGAGGAAGUAACAUUUUCUAAUACAAGGAAAGAAACUGCGUUUUCUGCGACACUCAGCGACGUCAAGAAGGUGAAUGUGUGUGGAGGGUUAUUGAAAAUACUGCAAAUUGGAAAAUGUGACGAAAUUAAAGUGAGUACUGGAGCUGUUAUUGAAUUACUUAAGAAAACAAAACAAAAUACAAAUCUUAUCACGGAAGGUAAAGUCGUGAAGGUAGAAAUAAUGGAAGAUUAA